AUGUCUACGCAGGUUCCGCAGGUGUCAGAUCCUGUUCUGACGCUUGCUCAGUCGUCAAAAUACAGCUUCCCAAUGGACGUGAUUUCGGGCGGUUUUGUUGCUGGAAACCCUGCGUUAACCUCCGUUGGAAACCUAAGUCUUAUUGAUGGCAUAUCGGGUAAGGCAAUAUCUCUAGACGGGCAGGCGCAAUACCUGAAUGCAGGGCAAUUUCCCGGAGAAUGUCUUGGUUCGUCUGUGUAUUGUCCGAAUGGUUAUACAAUCACAGCUUGGCUCCGCGUCAACAGUGUGCCAUCAUCACCAUCACAUGACGUGUACUAUCUUAGCAACGGCGGUCAGACUAGUUCUUCGAGGGGAUUUGCCGUCGGAUACAAAGGUGGCUUCUUCGCGCGGGUAAGCUUCGACAGUCGCUAUCGUUCGCUCGCCUUUUCGGUAGAUUUGCACACUUGGUUCAACACAGCCCUGACCUGGUCACCCGGGGGAGAUCCCACACUUUACAUCAAUGGUACUCUCGUUAACGCGACGGUCACCGACGGUAGCCUGUCAGCCUUGACAUCAGAUACACGAACGCAGUUCCUCGUGGGUGCUCCCAACAACAUAGAUAACCCAUCUUCGGGUCAUCUUGGACAUACCGAUGUCGACGAUGUCCUGUUCUGGGACCGGGUCCUGACGCAGGAAGAGAUCCGAGAUCUAAUGUCUGCCGAGCCAGUAGCUGUUGCAAGGAUCUGCCGAGGACAACAUCUGACGCUAAGUUGCGAACCAGAAGAAGUCAUCACCAUCCACUCAGCUACGUUCAAGGUAUCAACGCCUUCUGAGUGUGGAGCUUUGGACUCUUCACAGAUAGACAGCUGUGUGGAUGAUGCCGCUUUGGAAUUUACCUUGAACCUCUGUGACGGGCAGAGAAGCUGCCACCUCCAUGCCACAGAUGAGGUCUUUGGGAAUGACUGUGUGGAGACAAGAAAUUCAUUCGAGGUUCUCUAUACAUGCGACACGGGCCGCUUCAAUGACAAGGACAUAAUCAUGGAGAACAUUGAACAAGAUUGGGAAACCACAUUGAAAAGCCUGAGCCAAAUGGUCGAAAAUGGUGACUUUGACCUGAACGUACUGCAUCAGGACAUUCCUGCAGACAAGAACAACACAGAAGAGAUAGAAAUACAACUAACCUGCACUGGCAACAUGGUUGGCAUGGGACUGUGUGCAAAUUGCACUGCUGGCUCCUAUCGUGAUUCUGAGUCAACGGGUUGCAAACCAUGUGACUUCGGUUCGUUCCAAGAGGAGGAGGGCCAAGACCGAUGUGACAGUUGUCCAACUGGAAAAACAACGUUCUUCGUGGGGGCAACUAAAUCAUCCGAUUGUGUCGACGCCUGUUUCCCUGGAUCGUUCUACAAUGGCCGGGAAUGCGUCCCGUGCCCACAGGGACAAUUUCAGAGUCCGACAACCCCAACCAAGUGCGAAUCUUGUCCGCCGGGCUACACUACUGUAGGAUUCGGAAGCGUCGAUGUGACUGCAUGCUACGACCCUAUGUUACGAUCAGUCCGAAGGAAAAGAGAUGAGAGCACAGAUGUCGAUGCAACAGAAGACGAUCAUUCGAGGACGAAGGCACUGGUACUGCCGGUGAUAUUUGCUGUUAGCAUGGUCGUUGCCCUUUCCUUCAUAGGGUAUCUUCUGACAAAGAAGUGAGGCAGAGGCUGAAGCAUCCAAAGAAAAAAA